CAGAGUCCGGUGACGGAGGUAUGAGCUCGCUUUCGCGACUUGCGCGUUGGAUCGCCCGACGGCGUGAUGUAGGCAAGGAAGGCAGCUGGAUCUGGGCCGAAAGGGGUCAGAUGAAACAGCAAGGUCGGUCGGUCCACUAGGUCACAGUAUCUUCGUCAUGGCGUGGGGUUAUUGGAGUGCUACGUCAGUUCUUCCGGAUAGGGGUCGGUCUCCGCGUCGCCAGGCUACGGCGUCCGUGCCCGUGUCCACGACCCCUGCAGGUCCCGGCCUCAACAGUGUUGGCGGUGAGAACGGGGCAGGUGUCGCUGUUACCACCCUUCCUCUCCCAGGGUCUGCUCGCGCCGAGGUACUUUCGCGACGGUCGUCUCUGAAUGUCGGCAUCUCUGAGCCAGGAGGUGCGCUGGCUGUGGUGCUCUGCGGCGGGAGUGGACACACGUCCAGAGCCAACUACGUCGAGAGAGGCAACAGUAAUCCGGGGAAUAAAUUCGAGUUUCGCCAUCAGGAACAUUGCCAGUUGCAUCAACCUGCGUUGGUCGAGUGUCAUCACGAAUUGUCGGGGUUGGAAGACGAGGACACCGACCCUGGAUAUGCCACAGGAAGCAUCUACAGGCGUGGUGCAAGAAGGUGGCGGAAACUGUACCGUGUGAAUGGACACAUCUUCCAAGCCAAGCGGUUCAACCGACGAGCAUUUUGUGCCUUUUGCCAGGACCGCAUCUGGGGUUUGGGUCGCCAAGGCUUCAAAUGUAUACAGUGUAAAUUAUUGGUACAUAAAAAAUGUCAUAAAUUGGUGCAGAAACCCUGCAGUAAUGAACAAGUGGAGCCUAUAUUCAAGGAAGAGACAAACGGGGAGACGCCAACAAUCAGUACGCCAACAUCUGAACUGUUACCAGAUCUGAAGGAAUUUCCUGAACCCCGAUUGGACCUCACUUCGGACUCUGUCCCCGUCGAGGAUCCGACGAAAACUGAGGAAUCUUUGGAACCAGGGUCGCAGCGACAGUAUUCCCUGGUCGACUUUGAACUGAUCCGCGUUAUUGGCAGGGGCAGCUACGCCAAAGUCUUGAUGGUGGAGCUCAAGAAAACACACCGUAUAUAUGCUAUGAAAGUCAUCAAGAAAGCUCUCGUGACUGAUGAUGAGGAUAUCGACUGGGUCCAGACAGAAAAGCAUGUGUUUGAGACAGCCUCAAACCACCCCUUCCUGGUGGGACUGCAUUCGUGCUUCCAGACGCCAAGCCGACUCUUCUUCGUCAUCGAAUUUGUUCGAGGAGGAGAUCUCAUGUUCCACAUGCAGCGGCAGCGCAGACUUCCAGAAGAGCAUGCGCGCUUCUACGCGGCUGAGAUCAGCCUCGCUCUGAACUUUCUACAUGAUAAAGGUAUCAUAUAUCGUGAUCUGAAACUGGAUAACGUUCUUCUCGACCAUGAGGGUCAUAUCAAGUUGACUGAUUAUGGAAUGUGUAAGGAAGGUAUCAGGCCCGGGGACACCACUUCCACAUUCUGCGGAACGCCCAACUACAUAGCGCCGGAAAUCCUCAGAGGAGAAGACUAUGGGUUCAGUGUUGACUGGUGGGCUCUGGGGGUGCUACUGUAUGAAAUGUUGGCUGGGAGAAGCCCCUUUGACAUUGCUGGUGCCUCAGAAAACCCUGACCAGAAUACGGAAGACUAUUUGUUUCAAGUGAUCCUAGAGAAAACCAUCCGUUUUCCUCGGUCAUUGUCUGUGAAGGCUGCUUCUGUGCUCAAGGGUUUCCUGAACAAGAACCCCGCUGAUAGAUUAGGCUGCCAUCGAGAAACUGGAUUUAUGGACAUAGUCAAUCACCCGUUCUUCAAAAGCAUUGACUGGGAAAUGCUAGAGCAGAAGCAAGUGACUCCCCCGUACAAGCCUCGUCUUGAGUCGGAUCGAGACCUCGCCAAUUUCCCGCCAGAGUUCACUGAUGAGCCAAUUCACCUCACGCCUGAUGACACGCGGGUGAUUGAGAAGAUAGACCAGACCGAGUUUGAAGGCUUCGAAUACGUGAAUCCACUGCUCAUGUCUCUUGAAGACUGUGUGUGACGUCACGACUUGGCCCGCCAUCUCGAUGACGCUCUUGUGAUGUCAGAUCAUGAGAUGAGGGCCGAUGGCGCUGGCAGCGGACGAGGCAUCCUACAUCAGAUGUUCUGCCUUCCGUUACACUAGAACAUAGCACAUGUUAUAUAUAUAUAAAUAUAAAAUAUACAAUCAUAAAACAUAUAAUUAGACUUAGUUUAAGAGCAGGAGACGAAUGAUGUGAGAGAGAAUAGUGGUUCCCAAACUGUGGGUUUGAGAAAUGUAACAGAGGCUCGCUGAAUAAACAAUAAUAAAUACAAAUUCAUAAAUAAAAUUUUUAAAGAAAUAUGCAGAUAUUACUUUUCGUAGUAUUUAUUCUGUAAAGUCUUGUUUUAUGUAUUUCUUUAGGGAUGUAUUCGUACUUGUAUUUCAUUUUACAGUAUAAAUUAUUAUGUCACGUGUUGAGCUGUAGACGGAUGUUAGAAAGGAGACGAAUAGAUACGUGAAAGGGACACUGGAAUGAUUACCAAGUUAAUAAUUUGAAAUGGUUUAGAUAUUUUUAUUUUUCAGGUUAAAGUUUGGGGACCACAGAGUGAGAUGUAUUGUUAUAUUGCUGGCUGCAGUGUUGCCUUGCCCUCGUAAGGGCUGACAUUGGUUUAAUUUACUUAAUAUUACUAUGAUUGCUGAAACAUCCGCUACUUUUGUCAAGGUUUGAUGUUGACGAGGCCUCAGGAUUCUAGUGAGAAAGUGAGCGAUCAACUUUUCGCCACCCCCCUCAAAAAAUAAAACGUUCUUCUGUUCGAAAUGGCGUAUCUACAAAAGCAUUGGCAGUAUUUUAAAAUAAUGAGCGACUACUUACAGAUAAUUAUUUGUAAUAAUUAAUUAUUAUGAUGUUAAUUAAUUGUGUAUUAAUCAUUCAGCACAGAAAUGGAAUUUUCACACUGUAGGUAAGUUAGUGUUUUUUAUUAUUAUUAUUAUUAUUAUUAUUAUUUUACAUAUGUAAUUAGACCUCUGUGUUUUCUUAGUUUAGGUGUAAUUUUGUCUAGAAAUUACGUGAAACACGCUUGCAUGGUAUCUUUAAUCCCAGAGAAUUACACAUUUUAAAAGCCAUACAUUUUCAGUUCUCUCAUCCGCUCAGGGAAAUUUGGAAAUUUUGUUUGGAUUUUCAACCUUCGGUAACCAUUACUGGCCUCAUCCAUUUUGGUUACGAUAACCAGUGGUGAGUGGCGGUGGUGGGGGUGGGGGGUUGUUACGAAAAUGUCGGCAAGUAAGUACGUACGUCAUAUGAGACAACUGCGCGCUGCGUUAUCAGAUGAGUUCUCUCGCAUUCCGGACAUGGAAUACCAAUGGACCACUGUUAUUAAGACUUUUUUGUGUGAAAUUUCAGGUUCGGCAGCGAAUACGAAGAUGGCUGUGUUCUGGGAGGUUACGUCUCGUAAUCUUUUUGGGUGAAAAGUGUAUUGGUUUUUUUUAGAUAUCCUUUCUGCCUCCAUCGUCAGGGUGAUAAUUGACGUGGGAGGUAUCUCUGAAAAAUCAGUACACUUUUCACCCAACAGAUUACGAGACGUAACCUCCCAGAAGACAGUCAUGUUAAUUUUUAUUCCUCAUUUAUGUUAACCGUGUUAACCCAGCUAACACGGUUAACAUAUAUACACCCCGCUUUUGAUGAAAACCUUCAUACAUUUGUAAUAGUUCUGUUGGUAAUCCUGUGCUAUCCGAUUUCAAAGCUUUUAAGUUAUCUUAAGCUGUGCUAACAUUGAUGAAGAACGGUUUAAAAUAAAUUGCAGACUCUGUGACCGCUCUCGCCAGGAACUUGUUUAUCCAAAUUCAGGUGAUCCUGUUUCAGAAUCACCAGAUAAAAUUGUUUUGUUCGGAUCUGGAGUAAUUGGAAUUAAAAAUCUAGCUUAUGAAAGCAGUUAUACAUUUUAUUGGAUUUUUUUUUCUUCUAAAAUCGUAGUUUUGGACCGAUUGUCACAAAUUUAUUACAGAAGAAGUUUGUAAUUCAUGAAUAUUUAGUUUUCUGCCAUGAAGCUAAAUACCAUGCAAAAUAAUCAUUCGUGUUUUAUGUCCUUUUCGUAUGCAAUUUUAUUUUUGUUUUGGGUUUUCAUCAGAAUUUUUCCGCUGUGAAAAUAUUUCUGCAUCCUUCAGGAAUUGUACACGAAAUUGAGAUACCAUUUUAA